AUGCCAAUACAUGUCAACACCCCCGCUCCGACAGUCACGUCUCCCAGAGAUCAUCCUCUUCUCAACAAUAUACUCUCUAGAAAUCUACCCCCGAAGAGAAGGUCGGUACAACAGGCUUGGGCAUCGACUUUGAUGGCUUCCACUCAUGAAAAAUCCAAUGUUUGGCUGGACAACCUGUUUCAUGCUACUUUGGAAGCGAGUAGCGUACCGGAGAUGGUUGUAACUUCUCGUGAAAGGGUCGACGAUACACUGGAACGGUUAUUUUCCGAUAUGUCGGUCUCGAAGGAUAUCGUGCUCACUUUUCUCGACUUACUUGCGUUCCUGCAUAAAGAAAGACAUCCGAUGCCCACUAGAGUGUUGGAUGCGGCACGGACAUGCGCAUUGGAAAGGUGGAAGGAGGAUACAAACUCAUUAGGAGAUUUGAAGCAGCCUGUACCGGCUAUCGUCAUCUGGUACGCCGAACAAGACACCGAACGUAAUCUUUGCGCCGAGAACAUUGCCAACCUGGUCGAGGUGAACAUCAGUCCAGGCUAUGACGCCGCCUGGUCGUCUUUACAACUUUUGCGAGACGACUUUGACAAUCCCCCAGAUCCCAUGUGGAUCACCCAGCUGUCACAUUGGGAAUCUGCGUUAUGGCACCAGCAGCGGGCUGAUGAGAUAACUGGAGGUACAAGUUUCGGGUCUUUCAAUACUCGACUCAUAUGUCAUCACGCUCUGGGUGACUUCGAGAAAGGAUAUCGGUUGGCACAAAGUUUAUUCGAGGGAUUGAAUGAUCAUCAAAGAAGACAAACUGCUCAUUGGGCUACGGCAGCAGCAUGGCAUAUGAAUGACUACGAGACGAUGGCCGACUAUCUUGCUUUCCAUCCUAAAGGCACAUCAAAGUCAAUUUAUAAAGCCAUCAUCGAUGUUCAGCACGGUCAAUACGGUUCCGCUUUCCAACACAUCCGCAAAGCCCAAUCCUUAUCUUACGACGAGCUUCAGGCUCAACUCACCGUCGGCCCUCAAGUGGCUCUGAAGACUCUGGCUAAGACUGAAAUACUUGUCGAGCUCAAAGAGGUGAUCACGUAUAAAUCUCAGCCUGAACAGAGAGUACAGAUCCUGGACAUAUGGAGAGCUCGAUUCAGGAAAAGUCACCCGGAUGUCAACACUUGGUUGAAGCGACUGGGAGUAUGGGGUCUUGCGGCUCCGCCUACUACGCUGCAGCUUCAAUUGUGUUAUAUUGAUUGCGCAAAGUUGUGCGAGAGUAAGGGUAUGACCGAAGCCGCGAAGUGGAUUAUGGAGAUGAUCACACCAAAGCAGUUCCAGCCUGGCGAUAAUGUCGAAUAUACCAAGAUGCGGUUCCUCUGGAAAGACGCCACGUUGUCAGGUGCCACAAAAGCGCAGCAAGUCACAUUGAACCAAAUGCACGAACAUACCGCCAAGCUCGUCGAACAUCUCAGUAUCGAUCGUACCGCUCUCGAAUCUGAAGGUCUUGGUCUUAGACCACUCACCACUGCGGCCGCUUUGAGCAGCAUCGAUCGUGAGAGUCUUGCAAGGAGAUAUUGUCGACUGGCGGAGUGGACGGAGACUUGUCAAGGACCUGAUUGGGUUGCGGAUCCUGAUUCUGAAGUGUAUCGUUAUUACUCGCUUGCCUACAAACUAGAUCCAGGAUGGUUUGUCGCUUCGUACUCCUUAUCGCAAGCGGCCAUGAAUAUAUUCGAGGGAAACAAUUGCAGUCGUCAAGAUCCCAUCGCAGUGAAUAAUUAUGUGGUACCUGCCAUCCGAGGUCUUUUCCAGGCGGUCCGAUCACCCGAAUCACCCGAGAAAGGUAUCAAAGCUCUACUUCGUCUCGUCACUCUCUGGCAUAGGUUCGGAGAAUCAGAGUCUGUCCUUCUGGAAGUUUCCGCUCAACUGGGCGAAACCUCCGUCGCCUCGUGGCUCAAUGCCAUUCCUCAACUUAUCGCCCGUCUCGGGACCAAACAUCGAGAUUUACAAGCUUUGUUGAUCGAGCUACUGAAGAACAUCGCCAAUCAGUUCCCUCACGCAGUCAUUUGGCCUCUGUUGACUGCUAGUCAGACAAAAGUACAUGAUGCUCACGACAAGAAUGAAGGAGGAGCCAGAGUCAUCAUGGACCAUAUAUGCUCCAUGCCAAAUGGGACAAGGUUGAUCAGUCAAGCGGAGCUGGUAGGGACGGAGUUGAUCAGAACGAGUGUCAGCUGGCUGGAGAAAUGGAGAAAUCUUAUAGAUCGUUGUUUGCCACGGACAGACCUGAUGGAAAUUGCAUGGCAUGAGCUACCGGCUAUGUGGCAACCAGAGAUCGCGAAACUAGACUGUCCAGAGACACCUGAUGAGGAAAACUUCCGCCAGAUGUUUGGAGCUCGGAUUGCGUCCAUCAACAAAACGUUGAUCAAGUACGCUUCAUCCCGGACCCUAUCCCUGGUUCACACAGCGUAUAGUGACUUGUACAAGCUAUUCGGAGAGAUAGACGCUCAGUUGUCACAAUGGCGCGUACCAGGAACCAAGUUACAAUUGGCCACUGCUGCUCCAAAGCUUCUCUCCUUGAGGGACUGCAUCCUCACCGUGCCAGGUCAAUACGAUCCCAAUAUAAAACUUGACGAUCAAGCCUUCAUCCAGAGGUUCCAUCCUACCAUGGACAUUUUGACCUCGAAAAUGCUUCCUAGAAAAUUAGUCAUUCAGUCGCAUCACAAAGACUAUACUUUCUUGCUCAAAGGCAACGAAGAUCUUCGAGGCGAUGAACGUAUCAUGCAAUUGUUCACCCUCAUCAACACCCUGUUAAAUCACGAACAGGAGGCUUUCGAUCGUAAUCUGCAUCUUCUUCCAUACGAGGUUGUCCCUCUCUCCCCUAGUGCGGGCUUGGUCAGCUGGGUCCCGAACACUACGCAGUUGCAAGCCCUGAUACAAUCGAACAGGGACAAAGAUCGUGGUUCCAAUUUGGCCAAUAAAGAACUUGCCUCUCUUCUCGGGUACGAUCCCGAGACGUUCGAUCCGAAACGUGAUAACCCUCGUCUGGAUCCACCCGCUGAAUCGGACAGGUACGAUAAGCUGCCUCUGGACACCAAGGUGAAACGCCUUCAGGCGGCUUUGUCACACUCCAACCAAAGUGACUUGAAAGAUGUUUUAUGGCAGAGAAGUCCGUCAGCUGAGCUAUGGAUCAGGAGGAGAACCAACUUUUCCCGGACGAUAGGGGUGGGAAGCUUCGUCGGGUAUAUCAUUGGCUUGGGUGACCGACAUGGGCUGAAUAUCCUUGUUGACCAGCUCACUUGGGGUGCACUUCACAUUGACUUUGGUGAUCUAUUCGGUGUCGCUCAAGAACGAAGCUUCCUACCAGAGAAAGUCCCCUUCCGUCUCACUAGGAUGAUGACCAACGCGUUCGAACUCGCUUCCCACGUACCGAAAGACAUGGCCCCUGGCUCCCGGGGUUCCUUCAAACAAGCAAGUAUAGUUACGAUGAACGUCCUCCGUGAAUCUCGUAGUACCCUUCUCGCCAUGCUAGAAGCAUUCCUCUAUGAUCCGCUAUUAUCGUGGACGGGGCAUGUGGGACCUUCAGGAGCCUCUGGGGGAUUCGCAACUGCUCCCGCGGGCUCUGCAAGAAGUGAUCACAAUAUCUACAAUACAAUAGAGAAUUCCCUCAUUGCCGCAUAUCUGGAAAGUGACAGCUACAUGGCAAAAGCAGGAGCAGGAGGGAUGACAAACCAGAAGGCCUUGAGUGUUCUUGCGGAGAUUGAACGCAAGUUAGCGGGACAUGAUCAAGUCACGGGAGAGGUGAUACCUGUCAAACAGCAAGUGCAGCAAUUAAUUGAGGAAGCUACAGAUCUGAGAAACCUUUCGCAGGGGUACGUAUUAGGAUGGAUCCCACAUUGGUGA